AUGGCCGUGAUUUACUACCACAACAGGGAUGUGGACAAGCUCAAUGCUGAGAUUCAAGAUUAUGAAAACUUCGUCAGUGCCUUACGCAGUACCACCGAGCCUCGCACGGCCGAAUGGAUCAAAAGCUUGCUGGACAAGAAUGAGAUGGAUGCCGAUGAGCGGUCACCUCUCUCAUCUAUUGGCUCGCUAGAGGCGAUUGAUCGAGUAGAGGAGGAUCUAAAUCGGACCGAGCAUACUCGAGCUACGGGUUUCAUGGGGAAAAGUUCGGAAAUCUCUUGGAUGCAACGGGUCCAGAGAGAGGCCGAGCAACGGGCUCGAGGGUAUGCUGGAAUUAUGGAAUCUAAUCAGGAGAAAAACGAAGAAGGACGAGACGGAUUCUCACUUCAUGCACUAAACUACCAUUUGGACGACCUCGACAUCUCCGUCUCCGAACCAGUGGAACGAUACGACAUGCCCCCUCGACAUCUAGCUGAUCGGCUUUUCGACGAUUAUCUAGACACGGUACACCCUUUCUUUCCAAUUAUCAGCAAACCGCUUUUCCGCGCUCAAUACCAGACCUUCUUCGACAGUUUCGCUAGAUCCAAUGCUCCUCGACCGGGUGAUAAGUGGCUUGCCAUUUUGAAUACUAUAUUUGCAAUUGCGGCCAAGCAUGCCCACCUCAUCAAUGCACCGUGGCGAGGGGUUUGCGACGACCAUUUGAUGUAUAUGACCCGGGCUCGACUACUCAGUCUCAAUUCCGAGGUCUUGUUCAGCCAUCCGGACCUUCAGCAAGUUCAGGUUGAGAGCUUGAUUGCAUUUUACCUCCUUGCAUCAGAUCAAAUUAAUAGGUCUGUUUUUAACCUCAUCCUCUGGUUAUAUUUCAAACACCCACUAAUGAUCGAGAAUAGGGCAUGGAGAAUCUCUGCUCUAGCGGUCCGAUCUGCGAUCACGCUUGGACUCAACCUGAAGAACAACAGUUCCAUUACAUCCAACAUUUCCAAAGAAGCUCGGUACAGAGUCUGGUGGUGUCUAUAUUCCUUUGAACACAUGCUAGGAAUCAUGACUGGCCGAGCCAUCUAUACUCUCGAUGGCGGAUACGCAACUCCUUUGCCCCUUCCUUUCGAAGAAGAACAACUACAAGAAGAUCCCACGGCCAUUGAGAUAUUAAACAGUCCCGCUUUACGAGAUGAGCUGAUCAAUAACGUCAUGUCGAGUACCGUGAUCCGACAAGCGGGCAGCCGGGAAGAUGCUCAGAAGUCCAGACCUCGAGACCAAACGUGGCUCAAAAAACUGCCUUCUAAUUUUGGACUUUGCUAUCUAUAUCAUUGUGACUUGACAGUCAUCACGCAAGAGAUUGUCAACAAAGUCUACUCGACCAAUUGCGUCAAGUUGACAUGGUCAGAGAUUGAGGCGCGGCUCGAUGAACUUCGCGCUCGCAUUGACGCCUGGCAGUCGAGCCUUCCAACGGUGCUUGACUUUACCAAUGACGAGGCCGAAGAUACGCCAGAUCAACUUCGAUGCAAAUUAAUCCUGGCAUUUCAUUACUAUAGCGCGCGGAUUACUCUUGGACGCCCUUGUCUUUGCCGACGGGAUGCACGCCAGCAAAAUUCUCAACAAACUUUCAGCCAUACGAUGGCUCUCAUUACCAUAGACUCGGCCUCACGCCUACUUGGCCUGCUCCCCGACGAACCAGACGUCCUGCAACUCUUCCGAAUCUGUCCGUGGUGGUGUGUCUUACGCUAUCUCAUGCAGGCGACGACAGUCAUCCUCCUCGAGCUGUCCUUCGGCAGCGUCCACCUCCCAGAAGACGAAGACCGGUUCGUACGAUUAGCGAAAAAGUCAAUACGCUGGUUCCACGCCAUGUCCGAUCGAAGCAUCGGCUCACGACGAGCCUGGCAACUCUGUGACUCCAGUUUCCGGAAACUGGCCAGCGGCAUGAAAUACAACACCGACGAUCUCCCCUCCCAUCCACGCCCGCAAGAGCGUUUCGCCGCCGAGAAUAAUGUUCAUUCUCAUAUCUCAUCUUUUCACCAUGGAGGAGGUCAUUCCUCCCAUAGCGAUUAUUUCACGCUCCACCCGGAAGAGAUGAACCCCCUUUUACACCGUCCCGCCCCUGUACAUGAUGGAGAUGCCUGGACGAAUUACUUCAACCUCCCCACUCCCGAUUUGAUGUGGCCGCUUUCAGGCCCGGUUGAAAUUACUGAAGACUCGUAUUUUCCAUAUGACCCUCUCAGUGAAGAGUUUAUCCGGUCUUUCUUUCCUUCUUCGGACGAGGAGAAUAGGGGACCGCGAUGA